AUGGCAUCGUUCUACAGAGUCGUAUUCGUUGCAAUUAGUUGCAUAUUUUUAGCGGAAUGCCGACACAUAGAAAGUCGCGAAAAUAAUGAUUUGUUUAAGGCAUUUGAGGAUUUUUACAGCGAUUUUGAAGGCCCGAGAAUGGGCGACGAAAUGGUGGAGCUGGAAGAAUUGGGACCACGACGUGGCAGAGAAAUUACGCUCGGACCUAGACGAGGACGCGAGUUACAUUAUGAUGAAGAUGAAGAAGACGGUCCAAGGCGUGGUAGAGAUGAAAUAACGGGCCCUCGGAAGGGAAGGGACGAAAUCACGGGACCCAGACGAGGACGAAGCGAGAUUUAUGGUCCAAGACGAGGCAGAGACGAAAUUACAGGACCCAGGGGACAAAACGACGGGCCUAGAAAAGGGCGAAGCGAAAUAACGGGACCACGUAAAGGAAGAGACGAAAUAAGUGGACCUCGGGGACAAAACGACGUGAUUGCUGGACCUCGUAGAGGGAGAGACGAAAUUACUGGACCACGAAAGGGAAGAGACGAAAUCACUGGACCACGAAAGGGAAGAGACGAAAUCACUGGACCACGACGAGGCAGGGAUGAAAUUACCGGACCUCGCAGAGGAUAA